AUGGGUUGUUUUCUUCAUUGCUUUGGUUCCUCCACAAGCACCAAACUUAAGCGCAAGGCUCACCAUCACCAUCGAAAUGCUAGAGACAGGUUUGAACGACCAACGGUGUGUUCUGUUCAGGAUUACUCCCAAAUGGUGGUAAUUAGCACUGCAUCACAAGAAGUACAGGCUAAACCUUUGGAGAAGCUAAAGGUGAGUCCCAAAAAGAAAGUGACCUUCGACGUCAAUGUGAAAACAUACGAGCCAGAUGAAGUUGUUGAUUUCCAACAAGAGAAGAGAGAAGAGAAAAGACCUUUGGUUGAAAAGUUAAGCCAAACAAAGUCUUACUCUGAAGAAAGUUUGGUGACUUCAGCAGGGUCUUAUCCAACAAACCAUAGGUACCACUAUUGCACAUGUAGUGAUGAUGAAGAUGGAGCAUGGGAAGAUUGGGACAGUGAUCUUACUGAUGAGGAUGAAGGUGAUGGUUGUGAUAGUGACAUGGGAGAAGAGUAUGAUGAAGUGGGAGAGGACUUUGAAGAUGGAAUAGUGUACUCAAGGUCUAAAAAUGGAGUCAAUCAAGGGAUUUUUGAAGAGGUGGAAAGUCCAAUUCCAAUGCAUGAUAAGGAUGUGAAGUCAAUUGGGUUAAACCCCAAUGUUCGAGAUAGGAGUAUGUAUGUUCAUUCUGUGCUGAACCCUGUGGAGAACCUCACUCAAUGGAAAGCAGUUAAGGCUAAAAGAGCACCACCACCAUUGGUGUCUCAGAAGGAAAAUUUGGUUUUGAAUCAAGAGUCCCGAGCUGCAUUUGGUGCUGAAUCACCUAAGAAGUUGAACGGAGAAAUUGCGGUUGAUGCUAGUCUUUCAAAUUGGUUGACUUCAUCAGAAACUACACCUGUUGGCAAGGGUUUGUACGAGGGUACCCCAGAGAGGAGUAGCUCAGAAGGCUCAAAUUCUGUGGUGAGUUAUGAAGAUAGGCCUAUCUUAGGUGCAUUGACAGUUGAAGAGCUUAAACAGUUUUCAGCUUCUUGUUCAGCAAGAAAAUCGUCAAGAGAUGAGAUGCCAAUCAUGGGCAUGGUUGGUAGCUACUGGAACUGUGGGGGCAAUGCUCCAGAUUCUAGCUCAGCAAAUCGAGUAAGUUCAAGAAGGUUACAAUACAAUUGA